AUGCCUCAUACAUCUGUGCCUGGCCCUGCUUUCCAUCAGGCAACUGAUCCUCCACAGUCAUUUCCAUUGUUGACAUAUCACACAGAAUUACUCUAUCCAACUACUUCAUUUGUCUUGAUCUCCUUGCAAGAAGAGAUAGCAUUCUCCACACUUAGGGGAAGCAUUCUUCCUCCUUCACGUAUCUUCACCAGCACAUCAUUCUGUGCAACUACACCUAUCUCUUCUCACCCUUCCACUCCCAAAGUCACCAAGGCAGUUUCCUUCUCAGCCAAGCAUGUGUCGCAGCUUGGUGAGCUAGACCAGUUGCCCAUGUGCUCUUCCAUCACAUCCAUGAAUUCCAAUACAUCAAAAAUCAUCAAACCAAAGGGUGAGGCAGGGCAUCUGAGUUGA